CUGCGCUGGAGGAACGGUCGCGCGCGGGAGCACCGAGUCCUCGCGGGGACCCUCUCCGCGAGUAGCGGAGCCAGGAGGUGGUCCGAACUGACGGGCAGCGGCCAGAGCGAGGGAGGGUCUGAGCGGGUCAUGGUUUUCUUGAUGUUGACGGACUUUGGGCUCGGACAGUGAGGCCAUAGCUGCUGCCGCCGCCUGAGCAAGAGUCGUUGGACUGGGGGAACCGGGGAAUGCCCGAUAAACCGAAGGGGAGGGGACAGAGCGAGUCCCUUCUCCUUUCUUCAUGCCGCCCACUGGCUUAGAGCCCUGCAAGAUGAACAGGAAGAAAGGCGACAAGGGAUUCGAGAGCCCGAGACCCUAUAAACUAACCCACCAGGUGGUUUGCAUCAACAACAUAAACUUCCAGAGAAAGUCUGUUGUGGGAUUUGUGGAACUUACAAUAUUUCCCACAGUUGCAAACUUGAAUAGAAUUAAGUUAAAUAGUAAACAGUGCAGAAUAUACAGAGUAAGGGUCAAUGAUUUGGAGGCAGCUUUUAUUUAUAAUGACCCUACACUAGAAGUUUGUCACCAUGAAUCAAAGCAAAGAAAUCUCAACUAUUUUUCCAAUGCUUAUGCUGCUGCAGUUAGUGCUGUUGAUCCUGAUGCUGGAAAUGGGGAACUUUGCAUUAAAGUUCCAUCAGAGCUUUGGAAACAUGUUGAUGAAUUAAAGGUUCUGAAAGUACACAUUAAUUUUUCUUUGGAUCAACCAAAAGGGGGCCUUCAUUUUGUGGUACCGAAUGUAGAAGGAAGCAUGGCAGAGAGAGGUGCUCAUGUUUUCUCUUGUGGAUAUCAGAAUUCUACAAGAUUUUGGUUUCCUUGCGUUGAUUCAUAUUCUGAACUAUGCACAUGGAAAUUAGAAUAUACAGUAGAUGCUGCAAUGGUUGCAGUAUCUAAUGGAGACUUAGUAGAAACUAUUUAUACUCAUGAUAUGCGGAAGAAGACCUUCCAUUACAUGCUUCCUAUUCCAACAGCAGCAUCAAAUAUUUCUCUGGCAAUUGGACCUUUUGAAAUCCUUGUGGAUCCUUACAUGCAUGAGGUAACUCACUUUUGUUUACCUCAGCUCCUUCCACUACUUAAACACACCACAUCUUACCUUCAUGAAGUCUUUGAAUUUUAUGAAGAGAUUCUUACAUGUCGUUACCCAUAUUCCUGUUUCAAGACUGUGUUCAUAGAUGAAGCUUAUGUUGAAGUAGCUGCUUAUGCUUCUAUGAGCAUUUUUAGCACAAACCUUUUGCAUAGUGCUAUGAUUAUAGAUGAGACACCUCUCACAAGAAGGUGUUUAGCACAGUCCUUAGCCCAACAAUUUUUUGGAUGUUUCAUAUCAAGAAUGUCCUGGUCUGAUGAGUGGGUAUUAAAGGGAAUUUCAGGCUAUAUCUAUGGACUUUGGAUGAAAAAAACCUUUGGUGUUAAUGAGUACCGCCACUGGAUCAAAGAGGAGUUAGACCAAAUAGUGGCAUAUGAACUGAAAACUGGUGGAGUUUUACUACAUCCAAUAUUUGGUGGAGGAAAAGAGAAGGAUAACCCAGCUUCACAUCUACAUUUUUCAAUAAAGCACCCACAUACGCUUUCCUGGGAAUAUUAUACUAUGUUCCAAUGUAAAGCUCAUCUUGUCAUGAGGUUGAUUGAAAAUAGAAUAAGUAUGGAGUUUAUGCUACAAGUUUUUAACAAACUGCUGAGUUUGGCCAGUACAGCUUCAUCUCAGAAGUUCCAGUCACACAUGUGGAGUCAAAUGUUAGUUUCCACAUCUGGGUUUUUAAAAUCCAUCUCCAACGUCUCUGGCAAAGACAUCCAGCCUUUAAUAAAGCAAUGGGUAGACCAGAGUGGGGUAGUAAAAUUUUAUGGAAGUUUUGCAUUCAACAGAAAACGAAAUGUUCUUGAAUUAGAAAUAAAGCAAGACUAUACCUCUCCUGGAACCCAGAAAUAUGUGGGCCCUCUUAAAGUGACAGUACAAGAGCUAGAUGGAUCAUUUAAUCAUACACUGCAAAUUGAAGAAAACAGUCUUAAACAUGAUAUACCCUGCCAUUCUAAAAGCAGAAGAAAUAAAAAGAAAAAAAUUCCAUUGAUGAAUGGUGAAGAAGUUGACAUGGAUCUUUCUGCAAUGGAUGCUGAUUCUCCUUUGCUGUGGAUAAGAAUAGACCCAGAUAUGUCAGUUUUGAGAAAGGUUGAAUUUGAGCAGUCUGAUUUCAUGUGGCAAUAUCAGCUUCGCUAUGAAAGAGAUGUAGUUGCACAGGAGGAAUCCAUUUUAGCUUUGGAAAAAUUUCCCACUCCAGCAUCAAGACUUGCACUGACAGAUAUACUAGAACAAGAACAAUGUUUCUACCGAGUGAGAAUGCUGGCUUGCUUUUGUCUUGCAAAGAUUGCAAAUUCCAUGGUGAGUACAUGGACAGGACCUCCUGCCAUGAAGUCACUCUUCACAAGAAUGUUUUGUUGUAAGACUUGUCCAAACAUUGUGAAAACAAACAACUUCAUGAGUUUUCAAAGCUACUUUUUACAAAAGACUAUGCCAGUUGCUAUGGCUCUGUUGAGAGAUGUCCAUAAUCUAUGUCCCAAAGAAGUCCUAACAUUUAUCUUAGACCUAAUCAAAUAUAAUGAUAAUAGGAAAAAUAAGUUUUCAGAUAAUUAUUAUCGUGCAGAAAUGAUUGAUGCACUUGCCAACUCAGUAACACCUGCAGUCAGUGUAAAUAAUGAAGUUCGAACAUUAGAUAACCUAAAUCCAGAUGUUCGACUUAUUCUUGAAGAAAUCACUAGAUUCCUAAAUAUGGAAAAGCUUCUGCCCAGUUACAGACACACCAUAACAGUCAGCUGUCUGAGAGCCAUUCGGGUACUGCAAAAGAAUGGGCAUGUGCCAAGUGAUCCUGCUCUCUUUAAGUCUUAUGCUGAGUAUGGUCACUUUGUAGACAUUCGGAUAGCAGCUUUGGAAGCAGUUGUUGAUUACACCAAAGUGGAUAGAAGUUAUGAAGAAUUACAGUGGUUACUUAACAUGAUUCAAAAUGAUCCUGUACCAUAUGUAAGGCAUAAGAUUUUAAAUAUGCUCACCAGGAAUCCACCAUUCACCAAGAACAUGGAUUCUCCCUUAUGCAAUGAAGCACUGGUAGACCAACUUUGGAAACUUAUGAAUUCAGGUACUUCACAUGAUUGGAGACUGAGAUGUGGUGCUGUAGAUCUGUACUUCACGCUUUUUGGCCUUAGCAGACCUUCUUGUUUGCCAUUACCAGAACUUGGAUUAGUUCUUAAUUUGAAAGAGAAAAAGGCUGUGCUGAACCCUACCAUCAUCCCUGAGGCAGUAACAGGCAGCCAAGAGCCUGUGAGCAAUCUAAACAGUCACGCACAGUUGAUUGGAUUUCAGAAUGCUUUCUCAAAUUCUCAAGAAGAGGAGGAGGUUGACAUGGACACUGUUCAUGAUAGUCAAGCUUUUAUUUAUCAUCAUUUAAACAUGCUGGAAAGGCCGUCAACUCCAGGUCUUUCAAAAUUGAGGCCAGGUAGCUCCCGCUCUUCUUUGAUGCCUCAACAUUCACCAGGCUGUGAUGUCACAGCUUCUGCAAAACCUCAGUGGGGUGUGGAUAUGUCUCGCAAAGGAAUAGGUAAAGAACAGUCUUCUUUGGAGAUGAGUAUGCUGUCAGUACCAACCACACCACUCUCAGUAUUCACUAAGGAACCAAGCUCAUCCAAACACAGUGACCACCAUCAUCACCAUCAUCAUGAACAUAAGAAAAAGAAGAAAAAGCACAAACAUAAGCAUAAACACAAGCAUAAGCAUGACAGCAAAGAAAAAGAAAAGGAACCUUUUACUUUUUCUAAUAGUCCAGCCAGUGGCAGGUCAGUUCGUUCACCAUCCCUGUCUGAUUGAAGUCUGUGACAAAAAAGACUUGUCUGGAGCAUGUAGAAGAUUGUUCUCUGAAGAAUAGUCUCAAAAGGAGUGGUGCCUCACCUCAAAAUUCAAAAUCAAAUUCUAAACAUUUGAUUUGCUUUACUUUUAGUUUUGUAAUUGAAGUGUUACUAGGAAAAGGUAUUUUCUGGUUCCAAGUAAACAAUUUCACUCCCUUUCUUCCUUUAAAAAAAUUUUAGACAACCUCUCUCUCUUUAUAAGGGCCCCCAUGUGCAUAGGCUGCCCCUUAUAUAUCAUGCUUUUCAUGUGUACUGUCAGAGUCAAUUAUGUUUUAUAGCUUUUGAUAGAUGUUGUGAAGCAAAGUCAUGUUUUAAACAGAAGUCACUGCCAGAUCUGUGGUGUAACCACUGUUUCCAAUAGGGUAUUGUAUAACAGCAUUUGGACUUACUGAGAAGACAAAGGCUUUCCCUAUAGCUGUUUUUUCCAUUGCAGUGUCUUUGUGUUAACAUCUGAAAUUGAGCAUCAGAAUUUAUGAGAGGGAAUAAACAAUAUUUUCUUUCUCCCUUAAGAACAAAAUUCUUAGGAUGCAGAUUUUUAUUAUGAAUACCUACAUUUUAAAACUCACAGUUCUGCAAUUAUGUUGUUGUAAUUUUAUGAAAAAUAACUUAACACAUGAUGAGCACCUAAAUCAAGAUUUUAUAAUUACAAUAAAGUUUGCCUUUUUUUUCGGUGAGGUAGUUUUUUCUUCAUUUAAAUAUAAUUAUAUAUGUACAUAUGUAUAUAUGUAUGUGUGUAAAAUAUUCUUUGCUAAAUAUCAGCAGUCUUAAAAUAGAUAAGUAUCUAACACAUGCUCUUGUUGAUAUAUAUUUCUAUAGUGCAAAAUUAUCCCUGAGUUUACAGUGGUUUGAAGCUUUUAAAAGGUAAAUUUACCUAUUAACUGUGUCAUCCAUUAUUUGGCACUCAUAUGAACACACACCACAGUUACUCUCUGUUGUAAUAUUUCCAUUUUUUAAAAAUACUUUUGUGAUAUAAUUUAAUAUUUUUAUUGUUAUGGGUUUGCUUUACUACUCUGUCUUUUUUUUUUUUUUUUUAACAUUUCCUGUGUACCUUUUAGUUCAAAGAGCACUGUGUUUAUUUUUAAAUAUUUUCUCUCUCUUGAUAGAGAAAUGAAAAAUAAAAACAAUUUAAAAAUGCUUCUUCACAGUAAAGAUAUUUCAAAGGGGACCCAAUAAUGUACUUUUUACAAUAGAACUUUUAGUUCUAUUUAGUUGUGUUUGAAAAAUGUUAAUAAAUGCUUUUUUAUGAA